GGGGCGGGGCUGCGAGCCGGGGACAGUGAUGGGCACGCCCCGACCCGGGGCCUCCGGGCCGGAAGACGCUCGGACUGCUACAGCCCAGAAGUGCCAAGAUCAAGAUGGGGUCCCAGGUCUCCGUGGAUACAGGAGCUGUCCAUGUGGUGAUCGUGGGCGGGGGCUUUGGAGGGAUAGCGGCCGCCAGCCAGCUGCAGGCGCUGAAUGUCCCCUUCAUGCUGGUGGACAUGAAGGACUCCUUCCAUCACAAUGUGGCAGCCCUCCGGGCUUCCGUGGAGAGCGGGUUUGCCAAAAAGACAUUCAUUUCUUACUCGGUGACCUUCAAGGACAACUUUCGCCAGGGCAAAGUGAUUGGCAUAGACUUGAAGAACCGGAUGGUAUUGCUCCAGGGUGGCGAGGCCUUGCCCUUCUCACAUCUUAUUCUGGCCACAGGCAGCACUGGGCCCUUCCCAGGCAAGUUUAACGAGGUGUCCUGUCAGCAGGCAGCCAUCCAGGCCUAUGAGGACAUGGUGAAGCAGAUCCAGCGCUCACAGUUCAUCGUGGUGGUGGGAGGCGGCUCUGCUGGAGUAGAGAUGGCAGCGGAGAUUAAAACCGAAUAUCCUGAGAAGGAGGUCACUCUUAUCCACUCCAGAGUACCCCUGGCUGACAAGGAGCUCCUGCCCUGUGUGCGGCAGGAAGUGAAGGAGAUCCUCCUCCGGAAGGGUGUUCAGCUGCUGCUGAGUGAGCGGGUGAGCAACCUGGAGGAACUGCCUCGCAAUGAGUAUCGGGAGUACAUCAAGGUGGAGACGGACAAGGGCACGGAGGUGGCCACCAACCUGGUGAUUGUGUGCACCGGGAUCAAGAUCAACAGCUCUGCCUACCGCAGUGCCUUCGAGAGUAAGCUGGCCAGCAACGGUGCUCUGAGAGUGAAUGAGUUCCUCCAGGUGGAAGGUUACAGCAAUAUUUAUGCCAUUGGUGAUUGUGCUGAUAUCAAGGAGCCCAAGAUGGCCUAUCAUGCUGGCCUGCACGCCAACAUUGCCGUGGCCAACAUUGUCAACUCCAUGAAGCAGAGGCCCCUCAAAGCCUACAAGCCAGGUGCACUAACAUUCCUCCUGUCCAUGGGCAGAAAUGAUGGCGUGGGCCAGAUCAGUGGCUUCUAUGUAGGCCGCCUCAUGGUGCGGCUGGCCAAGAGCAGAGACCUUUUCAUCUCCACAAGCUGGAAAACCAUGCGGCAGUCUCCACCAUGACGGGGAGGCUGCAUGGGAGUCGAGGUACCGCUCGGAGGGGUGACAGACUGCUUGACAAAAGGACACCCUUCUGACAGGUGCCAAGGGCAGAGCUCUUUGUCUGGAUCAUGGUGUCAGUCAUGUGCUGGCUGGAAAUACAAUUUGGGGUAAAGCCGGGAAUGAGAGACAGAGAGUAAAGGGGGGAGGCAUUAAAAAAGAAAAAAUUAACCUAGAA